UUUCCUCGGCAGGAGUUGUGCGGAGUGUCGCCCUCCCAUUUCCUGACCCACCCGCUUGCUCGGAGUUUACAUUCACAAGUGCGUGCCGGACCUUGGAGUUUUCAGCAGCUUUCUGUAAACAUCGAACAUUGUGGAGAACAAAUCAAGUAAGCGAGCAGGGAUGUGAGUGGGACUCGAGGUGUUAGUGAUAGAUUGAUUACAGAAGAACAACCAUUUGAUCAGAGAGUUCCUUUGAAAUUCAAUCAGACAAGAGGGAAACAAUUCAAUGAUUGAAUGCUUUUACUUCACUUACGUAUAGUGGACAUUGUUAUUAGCAUGUACUGUUUGUCCACCUUGUUGCCAAGGUAAUCCUGGUCGAGGGAGUAGCCACAGGCCAACUUACAAUGACACGUCCCACUUCCGUGAACGAGACGACCUGUGUUUGCAUGAGUCAACAAGGUCUGGACAGCCCUGGCUACAACACGUCUGCUAUGGAACAGUCCACUCUGGCUCUGAUCGGGGAAGCUUAUGGAUCAGUGCAUGGCAUCUUCAGCCUCGUCGUCUGCACAUUUGGCAUCCCAAUGAACGUGCUCAACAUAUCGGUGCUCACGCGCAAACACAUGCGCACCCCAGUGAAUUGUAUCCUGACCUGGCUGGCCGUGUUUGACUUGUUGACGAUGGUCUCCUAUGUGCCUUUUGUCAGCCAUUUCUAUUGUUUUACUCCCAAAUGUGACAGCAGUGCCUCGGAGGAAAGAAAUUCAUUCGGUUGGAUGACGUUUCUAAUAUUUCACGUCGACUUUACGUCCACUACCCACACUAUCAGUAUAUGGCUUGGUGUCACACUGGCUAUGUUUAGGUACAAACACAUAUUCUCUCCAGCCAAAGGUCAUUUGACUCGAGUCCGGCGGCUGAUCAGAGCCAGAAUAGCUGUCUUUGUCGUGGUCAUCGUAUCAGCCCUGGUGAUGGUACCCAACUAUAUGAUGAACAAACUGGUCACAGUGCCCUUCAUCAACAGAGAUACCAACGUGACCUCAUACAUCUAUAUCACAGACUUCAGAGAUUUGGGUACACCUCAAGUCCAGCCCAUCACACACCUAAAUCUAUGGUUCCAGUGUGCUCUGGCCAAGUUUUUGCCCUGUAUCCUUAUGGUGGUUUACGGAGGACUCCUGGUUCGUACCCUCAGGACCAACAUACGCAUGCUGAACAAAAAUCAGACCACUAGGGCGUCGGAUUCUUUCUUUCCUCCUUUCAACGCUAACCACUCCCCCGAGCACCCCUACACGGGGGACCACCUGCUCCAAGUCCAGUCUGUGGACGAGACGGGUGACAGCACCAAAGAGAACCAGAGUGAUAGAAACACUGGCGGUGGAGAGUCGGAAGAGCUUCUAUGUUCCAACUGCAAAAAUCAAGUGAAGCAUCAGAUGACGAUCAUGAUGAAAGAAGAGCAGAAACCCAAACGACCUUCCACCUCGCCUUUGGCCAGCGGACGCCGGGGACCGAGUCGACAUCAUGAUAAUUCUAGAACCACUCGUAUGCUUCUUUUGGUGAUCACCCUGUUCUUGAUCACGGAGCUUCCUCAAGCCAUCUUAAUUGUACUUUCCGCCACCAUUCCGCCCUUCUUCAAUGAGGUUUACCUGCCCUUAGGUGACAUCAUGGACAUGGUGGCGCUGGUUAACAACGGCAUCAACUUUUUACUCUACUGCGUAAUGUCACGUGACUUCAGGACCACCCUGCUGGACAUGAUGAGGUCAUCGAUGACAAGCGCAAGACGGGUGCCGGGAAAGAUCACCACGACCCUCUACCGGCCCACAGUGGCUAUCUUUGACAGGAGCCAGAAAUCUCAGGGCACGUUAAUUGUCAGAAGUAAGGAGUAUUCAACAUAGUUGUCAUCAAAUGACAAUAAUAAAUGUCAUUAUAUGUCAUAUCUCUGUGGCUUAUCCGCUAACUUUCCUUUGUGUAUGUACUGGUACUACCACAUACAAAAACACUUGGUAGUACAAUAUUUGUAUGCCUUUGUAACUGACUCCUUAAGUGAAGAAAAAAAACAACAAAAUGUUAACAAGAUGAAACAGUAACAAAUUCAAUAGGACACUAACAGCUUUGUGCAUUCAAAAUGACUAAAGCACACCAAUGGCUGCCUGGACAUUGUUCUUGUUCAAUUAUAAGAUUUAAAGUACUUCGGAUUUACAAAGCCAAAUAAUAUAAACAAAUUGGACUAACUAUUUUAUUGAAAAUACAUCUACAUGUGUGUGUAUGUGUAGGCUUGUGCAUAUGUGUGUGUUUUCAAUGACGUUUAUCUGUGAUAUAAUCUUAUGAUUAAUGUAAGGCAUGUGAGCACAAAACAUUCUUAAUAUAGGCCAGUGCAAUAUCUUGGAUGAUCUUCAGUCUUAUUGUGCAUGCCAGCUGUAAAGAUGAAACCCGAUCAAUACUUUGAUAGUAAAACCACACUAUAAAAAGGACAACACAAAUUUUUAUAGCUUGCUAUGUUUAACUUGCACGUGUUGAGAAACACAGAUCCAUUGUAAUAACAGUUGGACAAUUUAUACAUUAAAAAGGAAUCCUAUUGUAUAGUUAAUGUAAGCGUUACAGUCAGGGUUUGGGGUGAAAGUUGUGGUUAGAGAUAUAGAAGGAACAGUCUUUGAAAUUUGUUUCUGUUUUCAACGGCUUAAAAAAAGUAAGUAAAGUUCCCCUUUCAGAGCUUGUGGUCUACAGGGCAGAUGAUGUAAAGGUCAUUUGUUUCUUUGGCCUACGGUUUACGAGUGUGUCACGCGGCCAGCACAACUACAAACCGUCUUUAGUUUUUCCCGACUGCUUAGAAAUACAAAAAUGCUCACUUUGACCAAAGGGUAAUGUCAAGUAUCUUCGAGAGCCGAAACAACUUCAAUGUCCGAGUAAAAUGUCACGAGCUCCCAGCCUAGGACCAAGUGUUCCACAACUCAGCCGUGGUCUAAAGUAGUAGUCCACUACGUGUGAACCGAGGUGACAGUCUCUGAAGUAGAAUUAUAGAUCUACUUGCCAGACUAGGGGGGGACACGCACACACACACACACAAACAUCUUAUUUGGUGGGAAGUUUUCACUGAUAAUGGGGAAAAAUGUGUUUUUAUAAAGAGAGAAAUCUUAUAGAGAGAAAAUUGAGAGUGUGUCAACAGAUUGAGAAGCUGGUCACGAUCAACGUACGAGAUGGCUGAAGUUUGCUGGACAUGAACAUUAGUGAAGACCCAGUCUUUUAUUUAGUGAGAUUCAGUCUUUUAUUUAGUGAGACUAAGUCUUUUAUUUAGUGAGACUCAGUCUUUUAUUUAGUGAGACUUAGUCUUUUAUUUAGUGAGAUUCAGUCUUUUAUUUAGUGAGACUAAGUCUUUUAUUUAGUGAGACUCAGUCUUUUAUUUAGUGAGACAGUCCUUUAUUUAGUGAGACUCAAUCUUUUAUUUAGUGAGAAUCAGUCUUUUAUUUAGUGAGACUCAGUCUUUUAUUUAGUGAGAAUCAGUCUUUUGAAAAUGAUAAACUGUGCGUUGAAAUCGUGGAUGUCAUAUUUAAGUGAAAUUGAAAUCAAAUUGUAAAGAAAGUCCCCUUUGUUUUUACUUAUCUUAUAGACCAUUUGUUGUUUAAUAUGACUGAAAGAAUAAUUGGAGAUCUCCGGAGUUUAAAAAAAGCCAGAACUGAUAAUAAAAACAUGAAAUUACUGAACUAUAAAAAGAAUGGAGGUUCUGCCAAAUCAACAAUCUUGUAACUGCUGUCACUAUCCAUACUCUCUGCAAACUGCACCCACACCGCACAAAGAACUUGACAACUCAGGGCUCCAAAAUAGAUUCAGAGUUUAAUGUCCAAUAAAUCACAGCCAAUACUGUACAAUGACAACAGCGUAUUACUGACUGUACAAGAGCUUCAUUGAAGAAAACCACUCCACCGUAUCAACUCUUAUACUGCAGUAUCAAACUCUACUGAUCUCUUCUUGUAUUCGAUUCUCAGUUCCGGACCGAUUUCUGACAUGCUGUUUUUUUUUUUUUACUCUGACUUUGAAUUCCACUUUUGAAGUAGUGAGGAAACGUGAAGUGACUUGACUCUGACACCUUCAUUCUUAUAUAGGGUCCAUGAAGGCCUUCUAGAACCCAACGGAACGUCACUAGUCUUUUCUAGUUGAUCACAUGACCGUAUCUGCCUGGUCGUGCGGUUUGCGCGCUGGACUUUCGUUCAGAUUUAUCGAUGGUCCAGGGUUCAAACCCUGCCCGCUCCCAUCCCCCGUCGUCCUGCGGGAGGUUAGGACUAGGAAGUAAUUAUCUUCAACUCUGAAGGAACAUCCGAAACAUGUAAAACAUUUUACAUCUAACUUGACUCUGACACCUUCAUUCUUAUAUAGGGUCCAUGAAGGCCUUCUAGAACCCAACGGAACAUCACUAGUCUUUUCUAGUUGAUCACAUGACCUUAUCUGACUUGACUCUGACACCUUCAUUCUUAUAUAGGGUCCCUGAAGGCCUUCUAGAACCCAACGGAACAUCACUAGUCUUUUCUAGUUGAUCACAUGACCGUAUCUGACUUGACUGGCCUGAGUAGUGUUCCAUUGAGAUGUUUCUGGAACAUCGCUGUUGACCGUCACGGUUGGCCGCUCCUCUAACGCUGCCUUUGGACUACAUACACACUACUACCCCUAUCGGUACAACGACCAGAGGUAUAAAACUAUUAUAUAUUCACCACAUAGUCUCAUAAUAGUCUUUAGAAUAGCAUUACAGAAUUGAAAUGAAUUUAAGCGUAUGACCUCUCAAAACGUUAUUAACCAGAAGGAACAAUGUCCUUGCUAGAAAAGUCACUUUUGAGGUAAACACUCCAUGAAACAAAUAUAGGCUAUCCAACUCUAUACUAAAAAUAGAUUUGUUUUUAUUUUGAAAUGAUCUCUCGCUUCAAUAGCAACAACCAACUUGAUUAAAUGUCUAAAUCUAUUUCCUCAUCGUCAUGGUCUAAAAAUCUCGACAAUUAAUAGUUUCUGCUUACAAAGUUAAAAUAUAAAUUUCACUAAAUUAACUAAUCUCUUGAUGAUUUAAAUAAUAAAAGAUGUCUACAUAUAAAACCACUUAUUUAUAAAGAUAUACAAAUAUACGUAGGGUUCGAAUGUAUGUUGGAAUGUCUAAACAAAUAUACGUAGGGUUCGAGUGAAUGUUGGAAUGUCUAAACAAAUAUACGUAGGGUUCGAGUGAAUGUUGGAAUGUCUAAACAAAUAUACGUAGGGUUCGAGUGAAUGUUGGAAUGUCUAAACAAAUAUACGUAGGGCACGAGUGAAUGUUGGAAUGUCUAAACAAAUAUACGUAGGGCUCGAGUGAAUGUUGGAAUAUCUAAGCAAAUAUAUGUAGGGCCCCAGUGAAUGUUGGAAUGUCUAAACUAUUAUAUCUACAAUUCAUUCAUUUUCUAUUUGGUUUUUGUCCUGCCUUCAUACCAUUUCUGUCAUGCAAUAUUUUGUUUUGAGGCUGUCACAUUCCAGAGUCUGGACGACAAGUGCAAAGGUUUUGUUUUCACUUCAUAGAAGUAGCUUCAGUUAUUACGAGAGUAAAUAGAAGUAGCUUCAGUUAGUACGAGAGUAAAUAGAAGUAGCUUCAGUUAGUACGAGAGUAAAUAGAAGUAGCUUCAGUUAGUACAUGAGUAAAUAGAAGUAGCUUCAGUUAUUACGAGAGUAAAUAGAAGUAGCUUCAGUUAGUACAAGAGUAAAUAGAAGUAGCUUCAGUUAGUACGAGAGUAAAUAGAAGUAGCUUCAGUUAGUACGAGAGUAAAUAGAAGUAGCUUCAGUUAGUACGAGUGUAAAUAGAAAUAAUUAAAUGAGAAUUUAAGUGAAAAUAUGCUACUCAAACAAUGUUUUGUUGCUAUACAAACAAUGUUAUUUUUUGUUUGUAUUUGCAACUUUAGUGUAUUUUUUAUAUAUUGCUUUAAUCCAUCACCAUAUUGUACAGGUCCAUGAGAGGCCAUGCUAAUUUAAAAUCUUGAUCAAUAGAGACUCUUCCCCCCCCACCCCCAACCGUUAGUCAAUGGCUACAAGGACCUAUCCGUAACGUUAAAGGAAGGAAAUAUUUGAGCCCUUUUUACUUGUCGAAAUCCAAACCAAAACUGAACCCCUUUUAAAAAGGUGGCAGGUUUCACCAUUAUUGUCAUCUUUGAUCCUAAAAUGUAAUAGAUGACAUAGAUUGUCCUCUGUACUUCACAACAGUGAACAUUGAACCGCGCUAGCUUGUUUUCUCUAGUAGCCUUAACUGUUAAUGAAACGGUUUGGUAAACAAAACACAAAAAGUCUCGCCCUGUCGUCCGUGCAACUUCUAUAGACAUUAUUAAGGUCAAGGUUCUCAGUCAGCAAUAAGCAAACAACUACCAUUAGUGUCAUGGGGGACAACAAUAGACUUUAUUAUCUUGAACGCGUGUACCUUUGCGCACCAUAUCAACAGUCUCUAAAUUGAAGUUAGUUUUUUUUCCAUCGUGCAGCCGUCUCCCCCCUCCCCCGACUAUUCUAAACAAUCUUAUAAAAAAUAUAGGCCAUGAGUGAAAGUUUGUUUCUAGAGUAUGAUAUUGAAUACAAGUU